AUGGAUCCGACGCUUUUAAUUGGAGAUGUCGUGGAGAGGGACAUCACGGAAAUAAAGAAACCGAGUUUUCCGAAUGCGCCGCCUACCACAACCGGCUUUCCCCAGCAUAAGAAGCGAUGGCAGAGCUCCUCUUUCAAGCAACAGCGUGCCAAAGCUGCUGCUGCCUCGACGGCAGAUGCCUCAACACACGAUAAUGCAGAGAGCGUUUUGAAAUCUGCGGUCGGGAAUGAUCGCCAAAAUUUUGAAGAGACCGAGAAGAAGCGAAUAGACCAGGAAAACAGAUCGAGACUGGACGCCAUGACCCCGCAAGAGAUUGCGCAGGCUCAGCAGGACCUCAUGAAUGGGCUGAAUCCUGCUCUAGUACAACGAUUAUUGCAGCGCGCACAGAUUGACGAACCUAGGGGGCCAUCUCCUUUCGAUCAGUCUCCUUCAGAGAAACCGACAGCAGAGCCCUCAACAAAGACAGAAGCGGAAAGCUUGGCUGACGCGCAAGGGAGCAAGCCGGCUGUGGCAAAGAAGAGCGUCUCUUUCCAAGACGUGCCAGAGGAUUUUGAUGAAGAUAGAGCCCCCGCGCAGAUCCCAGAGGACUUGAUGGCGGCAACAGACCUUCGGAACGAAUCAACACAUUUCCCAGGGCCUCCCAAGGUGGCCGACCUCGACCCAUCCGACCCUGACUUUCUCGAAAAGCUUCACAAGAAAUACUUUCCCGAUCUGCCAGCGGACCCAAGCAAGCUGGCAUGGAUGGCGCCCAUACCGACGGAGGGCAGCGUGGCAGACAAGGAGUCUACAUAUUACCCCCAUGCAGAGAUCCCCGUCUCUGCGCUGCGUUUUGAUUUCCGCGGCCGAUUCCUGUCCCCGCGCGUCAGCCGCUCAAUACCGUCGUCCAAGGGCCUUCACCACCAUGGUGAAGCGCCCGAGGCGGCAGGCUACACAGUCAGCGAGCUGGCCAGGUUGGCGCGAAGCGCGGUGCCGGCGCAGCGGUGCAUCGCCUUUCAAACGCUGGGCCGCAUACUGUUUCGGCUGGGCAAGGGCGAGUGGGGCAAGUCCAUUGACGAUCCCAUCGCCAUGGGCGUCUGGAAAGCGGCCAAGGACGGCAGGGUGCUGGAUACGCUGAACGAGGCGGCCAUGGUGGAGGGCGGUCACAGAGGCAGCAAGGCAUACGCUAUAGAGGCGUUAUGGCUAUUCGAGAAGGGCGGCUGGAGAGAAAAGGUGCAGGGACGGUAA